CUGGUACCGUACGAUUUCGCCUUCUCUUUCAGACCGAUCGAUCAGGGAGCUUACACUUGUGAAGCGAUAAAUGUGAAAGGUCGAGUGUUGGCCACUCCUGACUGUAUUGUUCGAAUUGUGAACAUCCCCGCACCGGAACCACCACGCCCGCAGGUCAGAUGCGAUCCCCACGGAGCAGUGUCUUCGUAUCCAGACCACACUGGUACAUGUCCUUGCAAGCCGCUUGUCACUGGACCCACGUGCAGCGAAUGUCGCCCCGGUUCAUUCCAUUUGCAUGAAAAGGCACCUCAAGGAUGCUUGAAAUGCUUCUGCUUUGGAAUCACCGACAACUGCCGCUCCAGCAGUCACUACAGGACUCAGGAUCGCCUGAUGUUCGCCGGUAGCUCGGAAGGAGUUAUGCUGUCAGACCUAGAAGAAAGGGAUAUCGAUCGAUCUGCGGAUUUCGAUUACUCCCGAACUGGAUACCUUACCUCUACAUCGCCACAUGCGGGAACGAAAUACUGGAGAUUGCCUCAGCGAUUCCUCGGCGAUAAAGUGACUUCUUACGGAGGAAACAUGGACAUUGAACUCGAGUACAGCGGAACUGGUCAGAUGAGUCGCGAACCCAUGGUGGUACUGAAGGUAGGCUAG